UACCUCAGUGUAUCUUGAAUUUUGGUUCCUUUUUACCUCUGAUAUCACGGAUGAGACUCCUGGUUCACCUCUGACUUGGUUUCCCCCGCAGAUGGCUUUUCUCAGCCGCAGGUCCAGGCAUCUGAAGGCUGUGCCCUUUCUCCUGGUGGGUAUGAGUUUCUUGGUACUGCGCCUGUUGCUCCUCAAAGAAUUUCAGUCCCAGCUGGAGAAGCAGGAGGACCCCACUCAUGACCCCACUGAUGUUCCCACUGUCGCCGCGCAGCCCUCGGCGCUGAAACCCAGAACCCCGUGCAUGGCCAAUGCCUCAGCGAACAGCGUGGCCAACUUUGAGCAGCUGCCUGCAAGGAUCCAAGACUUUCUGCGGUACAGACACUGCCGCCAGUUCCCGCUGCUCUGGGAUGCGCCGUCCAAGUGCGCUGGCCGCCACGACGUCUUCCUGCUCCUGGCGGUGAAGUCGUCUCCCGAGAACUACGAGCGCCGCGAGGUCAUCCGGCGCACGUGGGGCCAGGAGCGCACCUACCGCGGGCGGCGGGUGCGCCGCCUGUUCCUGCUGGGCACCCCAGAACCCCAGGAGGCGGCACGCGCUCUGCAGCUGGCAGAGCUGGUGGGCCUGGAGGCUCGCGAGCACGGCGACGUGCUGCAGUGGGCCUUCGCCGACACCUUCCUCAACCUCACGCUCAAGCACCUGCACCUGCUUGACUGGCUAGCGGCGCGCUGCCCACGUGCACGCUUCCUGCUCAGCUGCGAUGAUGACGUCUUCGUACACACAGCCAACGUACUCAGCUUCCUAGAGGCGCAGUCACCUGAAGGCCAUCUCUUCACUGGGCAGCUGAUGCAUGGCUCCAUACCCAUCCGUGACAGCAGGAGCAAGUACUUUGUGCCCCCGCAGCUCUUCCCUGGGGAGGCCUACCCCGUGUACUGCAGCGGCGGUGGCUUCCUUCUGUCCAGCCACACAGCCCAGGUCCUGCGCGCGGCUGCGCACCACACACCUCUGUUCCCCAUCGACGACGCCUACAUGGGUAUGUGUCUGCAGCAGGCCCACCUGGAGCCCAGCGGCCACGAGGGCAUACGGCCCUUCGGCUUGCAGCUGCCCGGAGCCCAACAUCCCUCCUUCGACCCCUGCAUGUACCGUCAGCUACUGCUUGUGCACCGCUUUGCACCCUACCAGAUGUUGCUCAUGUGGAAGGCACUUCACAGUCCCAUGCUAAGCUGUGACCGAGGACACAGGAGCUCCUGAGGCCGGGAGGGCUAGGUGGAGAAUCAGCUUCAGCCCCAAGAACUGUACUGGUGAUGUUUGCCUGGUUGAGAAUGCAUCUGUCCUGAACAGAUACAUUUUGUCCGACCCAGUUAGGAGCAUCUGGACCUCAGUUGUGCAUCGAAAUCACCUUGGGAGAGAGCUCUGGAAAACACUACAUCCUGGUACAUUUUCUUGGCCUCACCUUCAGCAGUUGUGAUCUUAUUGAUCUGGGGCAGCCCCAGACAUGUACGUGGAUUUUUGUUUGUCUUGUUUUAUUUUGGGGUUUUUUUUUUCCUGUUUUUUGUUGUUGUUCCUCCAGCCAUUCUAAUGUCCAGCUCAACUUGAGGACCACUGGGCUAGGUAUGUCUGCUCAUCCUGGCCAACCCAGCUCCCCAAAUCUUCCAAGGCAUAAUCUACUCAUUGUGGGCAAUGGCACAGUCAGUGUCAGGAUCAGUGUCACCUAUCAAGUGCAGUAGAAAUAUGACCUGUCAUUUCCAGCCCUUCCCCUACCAACAAGCCUGACUGACAAUCUUCAAAGCAAAUCUCCCCUCCCAGAAGUCCGUCUGCACUUAGAACUGAGGAACAGCUGUCAA